AUUUGCUGAGAGGAGCAGGAGGGAAAAGAGAAGCAGCAACGCAGGGGAGAAGCAGCAGCUGUGAACUUUUUGUCUGGGCCCUGCUGACCCUCUUUUGCUUCAUGUCUUUUUGAUUUGUCAUGUGCUCCAGGGGGAAAACCAAUGGACUCAUCCCCUUCAGAUUCGUCCCGCGUGAAACUCUACCUGUGCUCCAACCCUGAGGACAGCGUCGUGGAGCGCAGAGCUCUGAGAAAGAGUGUUUUCCCCGAAAUUAGAGAGCACUGCAGACACGCACACGGACUGGACUUCAGGGUGAUAGACCCGUUUGAGUCCAGUGAUCCCAGUCGUUGGCCAGAUGAGAACACCAGGCAGCAGCUGAUUAAAGAAUGCAGAGAGAACUCAGCUGGACCUUUUUUACUGGCUCUGGUGGGACAUCAGUAUGGCUCGGCCUGUCCGCCCGCCCAGGUGGACGUGUCCGAGUACCAGCUGCUGCUGCAGGAGAGCCAGCGGGCGGGCGUCAGCACGCGGGCGCUGGAGAGAGUUUACCGCAGGGACGAGAACACCGUCCCCCCCUCCUACUGUCUGAGACCUCCCCAGAGACCCAACAGUGUCUCAGGAUUGACUCACUGUGCAGAGGUUAAUGAGGAAGAGCAGAGUAGGACGGAGGCUGAAGAAGAAGAAGACGAGCUGAGGAAGGUAUUUCAGACCACUGUGAGUCUGUGUGUCCACAACGGCCUCAUGACCCCAGGGAGAGGCCACAGAUACUACAGAUCAGCACUCGACGCAGACCUGCGAUUUGCUCUGGACCACUGCCCCGACAAUGACAUCAUCAGUCGCUGCCUGGUCUACGUCCACAAGGUCGUCAAUGCUGAGAGAGAGAAAGGACGGAUGGAUUCACAGCUGCAGCCACAGUCAGAGGCCGAUGUCUCCGACCUGAGGAGAACACCCACUGAUGAACAGUUACUCUCAGAGCUCUGUGACAACUUCCUCCCCGCUCUCAUUACUUCCUGUUCGCUCCUGGUCUACACCACCACCACAGAGUGCGACCGUCGCUAUGGUUACACAACCGCCCGGAGACGGGGCUAUGCCGAGUCUCUGUGCCAGCAGGUGCACUCUGACCUCGUGGGGCAGAUCGACGGCUCCAACCCGCCAGAAACCGGGAACCUGAAACAGCUCGGUGAUGCUUCGGCCCGAGAGCAGGCCGAGCAGGAGGAGCUGUGUGACACCCUGUCCCGCUUUUAUGACGUUGUUCGGCCAGAGGAGGACAAGAUCAGAGCCUAUGUGAAGCAGAGCGACCAGCAUUGCCCACUAGUGGUGUUAGGAGGGCCAUGCACAGGGAAGACAGUGCUGCUGGCACACUGUGCUCAACAGAUAAAGUCAUGGCUUCCAGACGGCGAUCCUGUGGUGAUCUCUUAUUUUUGCAACCUGCAGCGGGUGCUGCCCCCGACGCGCCUGCUGUCCAGCCUGUGUUAUCAAAUAGCGAGCAGAUACCACAGCGACGCUUCCCCUGAAAAGGGUCCCAGCUUCUCCCUUGGCACCGACCUGGACGAUCUUAGCUGUGUCACUGUCAGUCUGUCUGAGCUUAGAGAACGUCUCUCCUCCCUCCUGUCUCGUCUGCCAUCUCCCACACGGCCUCUAGUUCUAAACGUCGAUGGCCUGGAUCAAAUCGAAAACAACUUUGUUUGCGCUCAAAUCAUAGAGAGCCUCCCCACCCCCUUACCGCCUGCAGUCAAACUAAUCCUCACAGUCUCCUCCAAGCAAACACACGUCCUGCAGGCCAUCAAACUGCAUUACCCACAAUGCAGCGAGGAGGAGUCGGGACAUGUGUGUGUACAGUUGGGACCGGCUGACAGGAAAGAGUGUGUGAGGUUGUUGGCGUCGCUGCUGAGCAGUUCAGGAAGGAGGGUGACCUCAGGACAACAGGCUGUGGUGAACCGGGCGCUGACUUCCUGUCGUCUGACUCUCUAUGCUCGCCUGCUGCAUGUACAUACCUCGCUCUGGAACUCUGAUUCAGAGGUGAUGGAGUCGUCUCUCCCCGCCGGCGUCCACACAGCCAUCUCUGCGCUCCUGGAUCACCUGGAGCAGAAACACGGCUCCUCGAUCGUGACGCGCGCCGUCUCCUACCUCACCCUCUGCAGGACUGGGCUCACCGAGGUCGAGCUCGCCGACCUCCUGUCCAGUGCGGACGAGGUGCUGUCCGAGUACGCUCGGCGGUCUGAGAGCCCGUCCUCCGGUGUGGGGGUCCCGCAGAUUGAUGUGGAGAGACUUCUGCUGGAUUUGAGGCGGUUUCUCAUCGGGAGGACAGUUGCGGGGUCGCGUGUUUUGUCGUGGGUGAGCAGACAUUUCAAGCUGGUGGUGGCCGAGAGGUAUUUAGGCACUCGAGGGGCCAGGAGCGAGAUUCAUUCGGAGCUGGCGGAUUAUUUCAGUGGCCGGUGGGCUUGUGGAAAUGCUAAACCGCUUGUUGUUGUCCGCACAACAGGACCAGACAAGGACUGUGCCCAAAUGAAAUUAGACAUAAACAGGCAGCCGUCCAGCCAGCCGUUCGUCUUCACUUGUUCUUCCACAGACGCCGGGCGGGUGAACUUGAGAAAAGUCGUAGAGCUGCCGUAUCACUUGCAACGAAGUGGCAGAUGGGAGGAGUUGGAGCACGGUAUAUUAAUGUCAUUGGGCUUUCACCAGGCCAUGGUUCGAGCGGGUCUUCUAAGAGAUCUGGUGACCAUGCUGGAGGGUGUCGAAUCACAGCUUGUGUUUUCGAGAGAGAGACUACUGCUUGCAGGAUCAUUAAAGUCUUCUGCGUGCUGUCUGCGGGCCGUUCCUCUGCAGCUGCCCACGGUGAUGGAAACAAGCCUCCUCCCUUAUCUGGAGGUCUUUCCUGCACUCGAACGUUACGUCACAGAGAUCAGACAGGAGGUGAGGAAACGGGGAAGUGGAUUAGGAGUGGUGAUGUGUCCUGCUCCUUCCUCCGUUUCCCCCAUUCGGUGUUUGAAGUGCGACGCCAAAGCAACGGAUGUUUCUGUAGCAGAAGCGGCCGUGACAGAGUGUGGGAUUGUGGCGGAGGUAACAGAGGAUGGUUCUGCCUGGAUUUGGAAAGGUCCUGGGCGUGAUCUGGUGACAGUGUCGCUGAGCUGUGAGCGGCAGGAGCUGAAGUUUGCGGGGGUGAAGAGCGGCGGCCAGUCACUGCUGCUUUCCACGCGAUGCAACAAGCUUUUCUUGUGGGAUGUGACGGGCCCAGAAAUGUUUCUAGAGGUUAACGUCCCCUUCAAAACCGAGUCGGAACCGAAUUCAAGCCAACAUAUACGAAGCAAAAUCAAGGGGUUUGUCGGAUGUCAGAAAAACAUGUUUAUGUGGUGGAAAGAUGAGAGUUUUGUGAGUGUGUUCAAUGUCUCCGGUGAGGCCCUGACUCGUUUCCAGUGUCGGAGCUCUGUGACCUGUUUGGUUUGCUCAUCUAAUGGCUUUCACGUGUACUGUGGGCAGGAUGAAGGCACAGUCUCCAUGUUUGACACAGACUCCAGCCGUCUGCUCGGCAGCGGCACAAGCUCCAGUCACAGUGCGGUUACAGCGAUUAUUGUCUGUGAAGACAGGAGGGAAAUGGCAUGUGUCGACAGGACUGGGAAUGUGACUUUAUGGGAUGUGGCAGCCGAAACACAACCACUCAGACUUGUAAAGGAGAGAUGUACUGCUAAUAAAUCCAACAACACCCUCGGUACAGAUUACUCUGAAGAAAUGGGCACGUUAUUGGUGUGUCACUCUAAUCAGAUCUCACUGUGGGAUACGUGUGACUGGGAGAUGUGGGACCAGUUCUCGGCUCCACGAGGGAGGGCCUUCACUCAAGCUCUGCUCUCCCAGCGUGGCCACCUUCUCCUCGCUCUGCUGGACACCUGUGCCCUUGUCUUGGUGUGGAGGGUCAGCACAGGGGAGUGUGUCCUCUCCUUGGAGGCAAACAAGCAGCCGCAUACACUCCUCAAAACAGCGUCGGACGUCGUUUGUGUCGCCCGUGACGGCUGCCUGACGGUGUGGGACUCUGAGAUGAUAGACGCCGCGGGUGCAGCUCCGAAAACCGGCCGUGGAGUGAGGGAAGUGGUGGUUGAACGGACGGGCGAGCGAUUCUACGCCACGGACGGCUCAGAGGCGGUGUGGAGGUGGAGUUUGGAGGCGGGUUUUCCACAUGCUAACUUCCUGCACGAUGGUCCCGUUGGAAAACUGUGCCUCUCUCCAGACAACGUCCGUCUUGUGACACUAUCAGCAGAGGAAAUUUACAUUUGGAAGACGGAAACAGGUCAGAACAUCCAGCGCAUUAGUGGCUGCAGAGCUACAGAUGUCAUGAUCACCCCUAAUAAUAACUUUGGGGUGAGUAUUUCCACGCAAGGGUUGUCCCGGGUGUGGAAGCUGGCACAUGGGAGUAUAGUGUGCAGCAUACACACGUGCCUAUCCAGCGCCAAGGUGUCUCCUGAGAGCACCUUCCUCAUUGGCCUUAGCCGUGGUCGCUUGUUGGCUGCCAGUCUGUGGUCAGGCUCCAUCAGUAAGCGUUUUUCCUGUGUGGAAACCUCGGAGCAUGUUGUUGCUUUCCACACACUGUCAGAGCACCCAGACUUUGUGGUGGUGAUGAUAGCCUCGGGGGCAGUGUACACCUGGAAGGUGGCGGAGGAGAGCGUGUGCAGGCAAUUUCGGUUGCCGCACACGUUUCGGUGUCAGCCACAAGACUUCCAAAUGUCCUCCGACGGCAGAUAUGCACUGCUAUCCACCGAUAAUGACGCCAUCAGCCUCUUGGACCUGUCUCAGGUCAGACUGUGCUCACGCAGAGCCGAGGGUCCCGUCAUUGAAGCCUGCAUGGAAAACACUGGGCGUUUUGUCGCCUACAUCAGCCUUGAGAAAACCUGUGUCUGUGAACUGCACGCGAGGCCCGUCCUCACCAUCGUACGACUCGCAGACGGGGAAAGAGUUGGGAGCCUGCGUCUGCCUAAGAAUCCACUGACUCUGGUUGUGUGUAAGCAGCAGUGCGUGUACGUGGGUUUUGAGGACGGGUCUGUGGGUGUGUAUUCUGUGUCAGAUGUCACGUCCGACCGGGAGGAGUCGCUCAGGUGCAGAGAAAAAAUGACUGGUGAGUUGAAGAUGUGCCCUUUUGACAGAGCACCAACCAGCUGGUUACCCCUAGCAACCCCCAAUAUCAUAUGGCCUUAAUCUUAUGAUUACUGUUAUGUUGUAAGGAAAUGUAUUUCUGACAUUUUUACAGACGGUUAAUUUUACAGAACACAAUGUGAAAAGCAACAGGUGUGACAGGAAUUAGAAAUUGUUGUAUGUAUGUGUAUAUGUACAUAUUCAUAAAUAAACAAGAAAUGCUGGAAGUGUGUGGUGGGAAUCUGAAAUAAGUAUUGUAGAAAUAUAUGUUUGUCUUUGAGUAUUUUAUUGCAAGUGAACAAAACCCUUGAUCAGAUCAGAGCAUCAAGACAGAAGCUACAAUGUCUGAUGAAGAGGGAGAAAUUAAAAAUCACAAUGAUUUUUUUGUAAUAAAAUCAUUUCAUAGUAAAAUGCCAUGACAAGUGUUAUGUGUUCCCUGCACGUCUUGGCCAAACGUGACGUACUGUUUUCUAAACCAGACAACAUCAGUCAAGUUAUUGUUAUUUUUAUGUUUCGGUUUGUCUGAAUACAUGAUGAUGACACGCCCCUUUCAUUUCUGUGAAACCGAAACCAAUAUGCAAACCAGUUUGUACCAUAUCCACUGCCUUCUGUAUCUUAGAGAGGAUCGGCACAUUUGAUUUGAAAUAAAAUACAAAUUCUCUAAA